AUGGGCAUUUAUGAUUUACCUGCGACGAUCUCGUAUAUCAAGAAUACGACAUCGCAACCAUUGUAUUCGUACAUUGGUCAUUCGAUGGGUACGACUGCAUCUUACGUGAUGGCAGCGGAACGUCCGGAUAUUGCUCGAAUGGUGGGAGCGAUAAUUAGUCUCGCGCCUGUAGUUUUUUCGGAACAUGCAAAAAGUCCAUUACGAUUCAUCGUUCCUUUUGCGGACGAAUUUCAGAUAAUAGCGCACCUCUUCGGCCAGGACGAAUUACUGCCACAAAAUGAUGUAUUGGAAUUCUUGGCGAAAAUCGGUUGCGACAUAUUCCACUUUGAGGAGGUCUGUGUCAAUAUAAUAUUUUCGUUGGUAGGAUUCGACAAAGAACAAUUCGAUUACCUGCAGAUGAUAAGAAAAGCGGGUUAUCCCGCGGAGGCUCACGUUAUACAGACGGAGGAUGGUUAUCUCUUAACACUUCAUCGUAUCCCAGGUAACAAGGAUCAGCCACCCGUGUUGUUGCAGCAUUGUUAUUUGUGCAGCUCCGCUGCCUGGAUCAUUGCCGGCAAGGAUAAAGGACUUG